CCCAGGCGGCUACCCGUACACACGUCUGAAUCGAGCCCGGGAACUCAGAGGAGGAGGUGGAAGAGAAGGAGGAGGAGGAUCCUCGGAUUUUUGCGGAUUUUGCACGUUCACCGGACAUGCAAGAUGUGCUCCUUGGGGUUAUUCCCCCCGCCGCCGCCGAGGGGUCAAGUCACCCUCUACGAGCACAAUAACGAGCUGGUGACAGGCACUAGCUAUGAGAGUCCUCCGCCCGACUUCAGGGGCCAGUGGAUCAAUCUUCCUGUCCUAAACCUGACCAAAGAUCCCCUGAAGGCCCCUGGGAGACUGGACCAUGGCACGAGAACUGCUUUCAUCCAUCAUCGCGAACAAGUGUGGAAAAGAUGCAUCAACAUUUGGUGUGAGCUGGGUGUUUUUGGGGUGCUGAAUGAAAUUGCAAACUCAGAGGAGGAGGUGUUUAAGUGGGUGAAGAUGGCAUCCAGCUGGGCCGUGUCACUCUGUCGAUGGGCCUCCUCCCUCCAUGGUUCCUUGUUCCCCCAUCUCUCUCUCAGGAGUGAAGAUCUCAUUGCUGAAUUUUCCCAGGUCACAAACUGGACCAGCUGCUCCUUGCGGGCCUUUGCGUGGCACCCCCACACCAACAAGUUUGCAGUGGCUCUGCUAGAUGACUCAGUUCGUGUGUAUAAUGCCAACAGCACUAUCGUCCCUUUUCUGAAGCACCGGUUACAGAGAAAUGUGGCUGCUCUGGCCUGGAAGCCCCUCAGUGCCUCUGUAUUGGCUGUGGCCUGCCAGAGCUGCAUUCUCAUCUGGACCCUCGACCCUACCUCACUGUCAACCCGGCCUUCUUCCGGCUGUGCCCAGGUUCUCUCUCACUUUGGUCAUGCACCUGUUACUAGCCUAGCCUGGGCCCCCAGUGGGGGAUGGCUGCUCUCAGCCUCCCCUGUGGAUGCUGGUAUCCUGGUAUGGAAUGUAUCAACAGAGACUUGUGUUCCCCUUCCCUGGUUUCGGGGAGGAGGGGUUACCAACCUGCUCUGGUCCCCAGAUGGCAGCAAAGUCCUGGCUACCACACCUUCUUCGGUCUUCCGAGUCUGGGAGGCCCAGAUGUGGACAUGUGAGCGGUGGCCUACUCUCGCAGGGCGCUGUCAGACUGGCUGCUGGAGCCCAGAUGGAAACCGUCUACUGUUCACUGUCUUAGGGGAACCACUGAUUUACUCCUUGUCUUUCCCAGAAUUUGGGGAAGGAAAGGGGCGUGUUGGAGGCGCCAAAUCAGCAACAAUUGUGGCAGAUCUGUCAGAGAUGACAAUUCAGACACCAAAUGGAGAGGAGAGGAUUGGAGGACAGGCCCACUCCAUGGUCUGGGACCCAAGUGGGGAGCGUCUGGCUGUGCUCAUGAAAGGAAACCCACGGGUCCAGGAGGGUACGCCAGUUAUCCUUCUCUUUCGCACUCGAAACAGCCCUGUGUUUGAGCUGCUGCCUUGUGGCAUGAUCCAAGGGGAGCCAGGAGCCAAGGCCCAGCUCAUCACGUUCCACCCUUCCUUCAGCAAAGGAGCUUUGCUCACUGUGGGCUGGUCUACAGGACGGAUAGCCCACAUCCCACUCUACUUUGUCAAUGCUCAGUUCCCACGUUUUAACCCAGUUCUAGGCCGAGCCCAAGAGCCCCCCGCUGGAGGAGGCGGCUCAGUCCAUGAUCUGCCCCUUUUUACAGAGACAUCCCCCUUGGAUGCCCCUUGGGACCCUCACCCAAGUCCUGAUCAGGGCCACUCUAUUUCCCACUAGUGAUCAUUAAAAAAAAAAAUC